UGUGUGGGUGUUCUCAGCAGUUCGAUAGCUCAUCCUUUCACAGGCGAUGGUAGAUGACUAGAGAAAUGCCCAAUGUGAGGAGAAGAUGAAAUCCAUGAACAACAGCAACUGGUUGGGUUUCUCUCUCUCCACUCGCAUGAACAUGGAGGUGUCUUCAGAGCCCCAUCAUCAUCAUCAUCAUAACCAUCAUGAGAGCCAUCAUCACCAAACACAAACAACCACUGCUGGUGUUUCUUCUGGAGUCCCAUGCAGUCUCUUUCUAUCUCCUCAGUUGAGCAGCACCGAGAUCUGCUAUGGAGGGGAAGGAGAGAAUGGAGGACUCUAUUCUCAGUUGCCUGUCAUGCCACUCAAGUCUGAUGGGUCUCUAUGUAUCAUGGAAGCCCUCAGCAGAUCGCAGCAACAAGGAAUAGUGCCAUCUCCGCCUCCAAAACUAGAAGAUUUCUUAGGUGGUGGUCCAAAUAUGGGGGCCGAUCACCACUGCGGGAACUAUGACAGGGAAGCAAUGGCGUUAAGCUUGGACAGCAUGUACUACUACCAAAACUCGGAGACUCAAGGCAACGGAGCCCAUUCUCUGGACGCUCUCCAUGGGCAGCAGCAUCAUCAGCUCUUCUUGCAACCGUUGCAGGGAGGGAUGUGCUCUGAACUCGCAAGCCAUGAUAUGUAUCAAGCACCGAUGGAGGAGGGAACAAUGGUGGAGGAUGGCAUUCCCAGUCUAAAAAAUUGGGUGGCUAGGAACUAUAACGCUUGCGACAGUGGACUGGGCGAGGAAGGUGGCAUCGGCCCCAGUUCCAUUGGAGCUGUUGGGUUUGGAGAGUUGCAGUCCCUGAGCUUGUCCAUGAGCCCCGGGUCUCAGUCUAGCUGUGUGACGGCUCCAGCACAGGUUUCUUCUACCACCGAGCCCAUGGCCUUUGAUACAACGAGGAAGAUGAGGCCCGCAAAGGGAUGCCAAAAGCAGCCGGUUCACAGGAAGUCCAUCGAUACAUUUGGGCAGAGAACAUCUCAAUACAGAGGUGUUACUAGGCACAGGUGGACAGGUAGAUACGAAGCUCAUCUUUGGGACAAUAGCUGCAAGAAAGAAGGCCAGACAAGAAAAGGAAGGCAAGUUUAUCUAGGGGGUUAUGACACGGAGGAGAAAGCUGCAAGAGCUUAUGACUUGGCUGCAUUGAAGUACUGGGGACCAUCAACACACAUCAACUUCCCUCUGGAAAGUUAUGGAGACGAGCUUGAAGAAAUGAAGAACAUGAGCAGGCAAGAAUACGUCGCCCACUUGAGAAGAAAAAGCAGUGGAUUUUCACGAGGAGCAUCUAUAUACCGAGGAGUAACGAGGCAUCACCAACAUGGAAGAUGGCAAGCUCGAAUUGGCAGGGUUGCUGGAAACAAAGAUCUUUAUCUUGGAACUUUCAGUACUCAGGAGGAAGCAGCUGAAGCAUAUGACAUUGCUGCGAUAAAAUUUCGCGGGGUGAAUGCUGUGACUAACUUCGAUAUAACAAGAUACGAUGUAGAGAAGAUCAUGGCAAGUAGUACGUUGCUUCCGGGAGAACUUGCCAGGAAACACAAGGCAAUCGAAGCAGGAAAAGAUGCUCCAUCAGGAAAAAAUCCUAGUCGAGACCCGACCGAAGAAAACAACACUGCUGGUUCUGGAUGGAAGAUGGUGCUCUACCAAUCUGCCCAGCACAAACCGCCAUCCACCGGAUCUCAUGCUCACGAACCGAUGAUCAUGGGUGGUGAGUAUCGGAGCCCCAUGACGUUCCCAGCGGCACUUCAUGGCCUGAUCGGAGUAGAAGCAGGGAGCUCGGUGCAAGGAGUCGAUGAUUCGGAGAAGAUGAGCAAUGCCCACUUAUCAAACCAAUCAUCGCUGGUGACCAGCUUGGGCAGUUCCAGAGAAGGGAGUCCCGACCGGACCGGUCUCUCCAUGAUGUACGUCAAUGCCUCAACCAAGUUCAAUCCAACUCCGAUGAGUUCAUCGGCUCCACCGGCGCAGCCGAGGCCGACCAUUGCCAUGUCUCAAAUGCCAGUAUUUGCUGCAUGGAAUGAUGUUUAAGCAGUCUCUCACGACGACAAAGCAUGCAAAGUCCAUGAUGGAGUGACAGCAGAAAGCAAAGUUCACACUGGCUAAAGCGAGGAGAUGCCCUUUUUUAUUCCUUUCAGAUGGUUUGGGAGCAGAGAUUGGUGAUGCAUGAUCUUUGUGGGAUCAACCUUGCCUCACAUGUCAGUGGCCUCUUUUGCACCUUUAACUUUGGGGCCUAUAUAGGUGGAGGGAUUUUUGCAGGGAGUGGGCCAAAAGACAAAAACAUGUCACUGUGUGAGAUGAUGUUUAGUUACUACUACUCUGAUUUGGGGUCUUGCCAAGUACAUCAUGAAAAGCAGCUCCAUGCCUCAAAGCAAUGCUGUUUUUAUCUUUUUUGACCA